CAUGGAAGUAUGGAACGAAGACUUCAAGAAGACAAAAGCAAAGAACCUGGAUUUAUAACUCCAAGAUGGCUGCUAACGCAUAACACGGUUCCCAAGUAUAUAGCUGCGGCAGCCAAUUGAUUGCUAGGCCAAGGAGGAGGAGGAGGAGGAGGAGAUCAUCUUCUUACAGGUCUUGGGCUGAAGUUCUUCUUCAUUUUCUAUUUUCCUACUUCCUUGAAAGGUUGGAUCAUAUAGCAAUUCAUUGUCCUGAUGGUGAUUUCCAAAGAUGAUACUGUGAUGAGUAAUGAUGAAGGAUUGAGCAGUGGACAGUUAUUGCGCGAUAUUGGGGAAAUAAGCCAAGCCCUUUACCUGCACAAAGACCCAUCCAAGUCUGUACAUUUGCAAUCCAAGCAUCAAUCAAUUUUUGGUACUAAGGCUAGUGUAAGAGAUGUGUUCCAAAAGGAGAAGAAGUCAUCAAUUUGGGGUUGGAAGCCCUUAAAGGCUCUGACACAUAUUCGUAGUCAUCGAUUCAAUUGUUUCUUCUUUCUUCAUGUACAUUCUGUUGAGGGUCUACCUUCCAACUUUAAUGAUCUUAUUCUUUGUGUAAAUUGGAAAAGGAAGAAUGAGGUUUUCAAAACUCAUCCUGUUCGUGUUUUCGAAGGGAUAGCCAAGUUUGAGGAAACUUUGAUGCAUCAGUGUUCUGUUUAUGUUAGUAGAAAUGGUCCACAAAAUUCAGCAAAGUAUGAGCCUAAACUUUUUCUUCUUCAGGCUUCCAUUAUUGGAGCUCCAACUCUAGAUAUUGGUAAGCAUUGGGUGGACCUCGCAAGGCUGCUUCCUUUGACUGUAGAGGAGUUAGAAGAGGAGAAGAGGACCUCGGGGAAGUGGACAACAAGCUUUAAGCUGAAAGGCAAGGCCAAAGGUGCUAUCCUGAAUGUUAGUUUUGGAUUUUCAAUUCUGGGGGAUAAUCCAUUUGACCCAAGACAUUUUCUGACGGUCUCUGAUAUGCCUAAGGAUAGUGGGCAGACACCAAUUGCUAUAUCCUCAGAUUGUGAUCAAAGUAGCAGCAACAUUGCUCUUAGGAGGAGCGGUAGUGUUCCAAGAAAAUCAUAUAAUGGGCAUCAGCAUGUUUCAUCACAAUCAUUAGAUAUGAAAUAUCUUAGUGAAGUGUUUCCUAACCAAAACUCGGAGCUCGCUAGGUCAAUAAAUUUUUUGUACCAAAAGCUUGAUGAGGGAAAGUUUGGUAAUCUUAAGGAGGUGGAUGGCUUUCAUGAAAAUCUUGUGCCCUUUAAUUCUAAGUCUGCCUCUUCUGGAAAUGGCUUUGAUGAUUCUGACUUUAUUGUAAUUGAUCAGGGCGUGGAAUUGUCUGUGAAGGAUGAUUUGAAACUUGACCAUAAUUCUACUGAAUGUUUUAACAAGCCUGUCAUUGAAACUAUAGAUGUUGCUGAGAUUUUUCAGGAAGAUAUGACAGAUUUUAGUGCUAAAGGGGAACCAAAUUCAAAUCAUCUACUUGAUUGUAGUAACAGCUGUGAAAGUGCAAUACAGAGCAAGUGUGAGGAGAAUAAUGUAUAUGGUAAAGAAUCAACCGUGGAAGAAUCUCCAAUGGUUUCAUGUAAAUUCAUAGCCUCUGAAUCAGCAGAAUUUGACAUGUCAUCAAAUAUAAGCAAGUGUAUUGAGGAGGAGACCUACAUGGACGCCGAAUCUAGUUGUGGAGCAAGUAAGUUGGUACGGUCACUUAGUCUGGACGAUGUCACUGAAUCUGUUGCUAACGAGUUUCUUGAUAUGUUGGGCUUUGGGCACAACCCCAGAGACAUGACUUCUGAUGGUGAGCCGGAGUCUCCAAGAGGGCAUCUUCUGAAACAGUUUGAAAUGGAAUUCUGUGCGUUUGGAAAUCCUAUACUUGAUUUGGAUGUAGCUUCAGAGCGAAUAGAAGUCUCUGGUGUUGCUCGAACUGGCUCUGGGAGGGUGGCAUGUUCUGAUGAUUUUGAUUUGUCACAGGUCAUUCAGGAAGCUGAAAAAGAGUAUAACAGGGUUACACAAUCACUGAGAAGCAGACGGAAUGCAAAAAUGCUUGAAAACUUGGAAACUGAAACUUUAAUGCAAAGAUGGGGCCUAAAUGAUAAGGUAUUCCAAAAUUCUCCACGAAUUACCUCUGAUGGAUUUGGAAGCCCAGUCUAUUUUCCUCCCGAAGAACCUUCAAAAUUACCUGCUCUUGCAGAAGGCUUAGGUCCAACUAUUCAGACAAAGAGUGGAGGCUUAUUGCGUUCAAUGAGUUCUUCUCUUUUCAGGAGGGCAAAAAACAGUGCAAAGCUGAUAAUGCAAGUUUCUAAUGCAGUUGUACUACCAGCAGUUAUGGGUUCCAAUGUUGUGGAGAUACUACAGUGCUGGGCAUCAGGGGGAGCCGAAGAUAUGUUUGCUAAGGCAAAUGAAUUGAUGCCUUUGGAGGACAUUACUGGAAGGACGAUGGAACAAGUCAUCCAGGAAACUGAGCACAGUUCGGAAGUUAUUAAGAGGUUUGACCAAUCUGCUCCGCUUAAUGACUUCAGGGUCAAAGAUCAUUCAUUUGUCUUGGAAAAGAAUGAUGAAGGAUCACUGUUUGGUCAGAAUGCUCCAAACUUAGGCUCAAAAACAGAAAAAGUAUAUUCAGAUUAUGUGUCUUUGGAAGAUCUUGUUCCAUUAGCAGUGGCUAAUUUUGAAGCUCUCUCCAUUGAAGGGUUGAGGAUUCAAUGUGGCUGGUCAGAUGCAGAAGCACCUUCAUGCAUUAGGCCCCAGUUUACUGAGAACUGGACCUCUGUAGGCCAGAAUGUUAAACUAGGUGGAGUUAUGGGAUCUUUGGGACCCACUCCAUUGCAACUUUUGGAUGUCAAAAGGGAAGAUGGUAUUGCUGAGUUAAUCAAAUUCUCUGUCUCCUUGAAUGAAUGGAUUAGGUUAGAUGCAGUAGAUAUUGAUUAUGAGAAUGAAGUUGAUGGAGAGAUGUUGAAAAUCUUAGCAGCUCAUGAUGCUGAUCUUUUCGAUUUAGGUGGUUUACAGAUGACAAGAAAUGGUCAACGAGUUAAAUUAUCAGGUAGUAACAGUCAUUUGUUCGGUAACAACUUCACAUUAGCUCUUAGGUUGCAGCUCAGAGAUCCGUUUCGUGACUUUGAAAUGGUUGGAUCAUCAAUGCUUGCUCUGGCUCAAGUUGAACGAAUUUGUAUUCCUGUGCAUGAUGAAAUGCAUAACACAAAUAUAGAAACAGAUUUGAGCAACAAAAAGGAUGAUCUGAAUGAAGAGUUUGUUAUGGAGGGAACCAGUGCUGAAGAAAAUCAUAAGUGCAUCAACGCAGCACCGUUCAUCUCUCGGUUUAAAAUCUCUGGAGUCCAUGUCGCAGGUUUUAAUGUUGAGCCAAAUGGUAGGGGGAUGUUAAUUAAUCCUAGACAGCUACAAUCUGGGUCUCGAUGGUUACUUUCUAGUGGUAUGAAUAGGACAAGCAAGUGUCCUUUUUCCAAGUCCAAUGCAAUAACAAAACCAUCAUCACAACUUCUCAAAAAACGAACUUGUGAUACUUUGUGGAGCAUUUCCUCUGAGGUGCAAUCUGCAGCAGCUAGAUGGAAGCAUUUUGCUGGACUAAAUAUUCAUGUACGCAACCCUGAUAUUGCUUUUCCAAGUUAACCCGUUUGGUUUGCUAAAGCAUAGAAGUUCAUGCUUCAAGUUGCUAGAUAUUUAAGUCGGCGAAGUAUCAAAUUCGUGUUAGCAUAUUUCAGCAAACAAGGCUAAUAACCUACUUGUACUUUAGAUAUUCCUUCUAAUUGCUUCACUGAAUCACUGUACUGUCAGUCAACAUGUAUAAUUUGCCUAUGACCUGUGGGUAUUCAUCAAGGAUAUUGAAGGUCCUUUGGAUUAUUAGCCAGCAAAAUCACAAUGACUUGGAGAAGUAUUAUGCCCUUCA